AUGUCUGAAACACGACCAGAUGGAGGAAACAAACGGAACUUUUACGAGAGGAUUAUUCAGGACCAUCUUCAGAGAGGGCCAAUUGAACACGACUAUUCGUUUGGGUUUUUGAGUGAAUUGAUGGAAGAUGCGUUGGAUAUGAUCGAUGGAGAAUGUCGUGUAGAAUACUUAUCUCCUCCCGUCAAUAUCUGCGGAGAUAUCAGAAGUCGUUAUGGAGAUCUUCUUGACAUUUUCAGAAACUGUGGUUGGCCAUUCGAUCAAAAAUAUGCUUUCCUUGGAAAUUUCAUCGACGGAGGGAAGUUCAGUAUGGAGACAUUGGUCCUUUUGAUUUGCUGUAAGAUCUGUUACCCACAGAACUUUGUGAUUCUUCGCGGAAACUUUGAGCACGAACUUGUCAAAACUGAAAGAAAGUUUAUUGGAGAGUUGAGAGUAAGAUACCCAGAUUCUCAGAAGUUUCAAGCGUUGAAUACUUCAAUGAAAAGUUAUUUAAAACGUCUUCCAUUGGUUGCCAUAUUGAAUCGAAAGAUUGUUUGUGUGAAUGGAUUGAUUUCAUCGAAUAUCAAACAAGACAGUAAUGCAGUCCUCGUGAAAAAUGGUAAUUCAUUCGAGAAUCACAACACAAGAUUGGAGAUCUUGUUUCCGGAAAGUGACUAUCCGUCAGUUGUAACUCCAAUGGCCAUCGAAGAAGAAUCGAAGACGUUGAAAGAACUUCUGAAGUCGAUGGAUAUGAGUAUGAUCAUAAACUCAAAUAAUGUCAUCAAGCAAGGAUAUCAGUUCAAUUUCGGUCACCAGUUGCUUACAAUUACUACUGGAACGAAACUUGCUAAAGCUUUCAACAAUCGUGGAAUUGUUAUGAUGAUGGAUCGUCACAAUAAAGUGAACUUCAAAACGAUUCAAGGACUGGACGGAGAAGAGAGUCUCGACUUGAACGACUCCGCAUUGAGAGUCUGA